GGGUCAUCCUUUUUGGCGCGCUCUUCGUUUGGGCUUGUAGCCUCUGGCGAAGGGGCUCAUGCUUUUGACCGGGGUGACUGUGCCUUGGGCUCAAGCCGCCAUCUGUGGGUUGUCUGAUGCCUCGAGUGACUCGGCCAUGGCGGAACAUUCCCCAAAGGUGGAGGCGCGCGCGCGGGCGAGCGAGAAUCUUGUGGCUCUUGGCUUCGAGGGCCUCCUGAUGGAGCUCGACUCGCUGAGGGCCCGCCUGCUUGACCAGCACAGGCGGGAGCUCGACGACCAGCGGCGCGAGAGCGAGACGGUGAACGUCUUUGAGAAGUUGUCCGUGCUGGAGUCCGAGCCCUCUCGCUCGGAGGUGGUUGCCGAGCAGAGCUACCUCUCCGAAGGCCCGGAGCAGGUGCCGACGUCGGGCCGCAUGUCGCUGGGCACGCUGGAGACGAGCGAGUCGGCGGCCUCGAGCUGUCCAACUUUCAGCGUCUUGGAGAGCUGGGUGAGCGUUGUGCCGAUCUUCCACCUCGCCGACCCCCAGGAGGCCAGCCUGGAGCUGCGCAAGAUCAACUCGAGCUCAAGGAUCUUUGAGGAGCUGACUGAUUGUGAUGUGGUCGUGUUCAGGUCGUCAGGUUUCGUGUCAGAGUGGCUGAUGGUGCAUCCCUCGCGGUGGUUUGGGACACUUUGGAGCUUUCUGAGUCUUCUUCUGAUUGCAUACGACACGAUAACCGUGCCUCUGUACACUUUCUACAGCUUCAGCCGUGUCCCAGGUUUGAUCGUAUUCUUCGACUGGGUCGCUCGAUUUUUCUGGACCUUCGAUAUCCCGCUGUCGUUCGUGACUGGCUUCCACAAGGAGGGCUCUAUCGAGAUGAGGCCCAAGCUUGUCGCGUUGGCAUAUCUCCACUCUUGGUUUUGCUUCGACGUCUUGAUACUCAUGUCAGACUGGCUUGUGGUCUCACAGAAGGACAGCACCGCCCUCACGGCGAUACCAGUCAUGCGGGCACUGCGGUUUGUGCGCGUGCUUCGUCUGCUUAGACUUGGCCGACUCUCUCACAUGCUCAAUGAUAUGUUGCAGUACGCCUCCGACGGGCUCACAAUCGUCGUCAACAUUUUGAAGUUGACUGCUGGGCUAUGCGUCGGCAUUCACAUCAUCGCGUGCAUUUGGUACGGCGUGGGCCAAGCCAGCAGCUCUGGAUGGGUUUCUGAUGAAGCGCUCAUGGAGUCUGCGACGCUCUCCGAGCAGUACAUCUUCUCCGUGCACUGGGUCGGGGGUCGGCGGAUAACUCAACUGCACGGAACGAGCCUCACUCCCCCGCAGACCUUCCUCGAGAUCUCCUUUCAGGGCCUGGUGCUCCUGGGCGCCCACGCCUUUGUUGCGUUUUUCAUCGCCAACAUGACGCAGGCCAUGAUAUGCCUGACGGACACCCAGAACCUCCAGAUGCAGCAGGCGGCCAGGCGCUACCUGCGCCGCCGCCGCAUCUCCCCCACGCUCUCGUACCAGCUGCGGUUGCACUUCGGGAAGCCCACCGGGAGGGCCCUGCAGGACGUCAUGGACGUUGAGAACAAGAUGGUCCAGGCCCUCCCGCAGGUGCUUCAGCAGAAGCUUUACGAGGAGGUACGUUUUCCUCUGCUGAAGCUCGUGCCGCUAUUCAGGCGCGACGGCCUCUCGAAGGACCGGUUGCUGAGACAGCUCUGCUGCAAGGCCAUGUCGGGGAUCUCGUUGAUCUCGGGGGAGUUGGUGUUCGGGCUCGGGGACUCUUGCAAGCGGAUGCUCGUCGUAGAGUCCGGCACCAGCGCCUACGUGAAGCUCAAUCGUUCUGCGGAGUCUUAUUCCGCAAUGGGGAGGACACUGUCGAACUACAUAAGGGCCAGAGAACAGGAAGGGUCGGACAUGAGGCAGGUAAUGCGACAUCGAGGCCAGCACAUCAGCGAGGCCGCGUUAUGGACGCAGUGGACUAACCAGGGAGAAUUUUUCGCAGAGGGCGACUGCACAAUGCUGGUUAUGGACAACGGCGACUUCGCCUCCAUCGUGAGCGCAUACGAGUUCACACGCGUGUUCGCUCUGAAGUAUGCCAGCUGCUUCGUCUCUUGGCUGAACGACAGGGCCCGCGAAUGUUUGCAUUCAGACGUAAUGGAGACUCCGAAGCAUCUGAUCCAGGAGUACUUGCAGGAGAUGGCCGACGACAGGGCGUUCGUCUUCAUCUCACACUUCAAGGAAGAGGCGGGGUCGGACGCGGCGCUCAUCGAGGAAGGGAUGCGCCGGAUCAUCAAGGAGAAUCCCACCCACCCCGCGUUCAACCUCAGAAGGCCGAUCUUCCUCGAUUCCAACGACCUGGAGGAGACGGCCCAGAUCCCUGGCAUGAUCAGGGGUAGCCACAACGUGGUGCUGCUUCUCACGGACAACGUGCUCACUAGACCUUGGGUGCUGAUCGAGAUCGUGACGGCCUUGCGAGCCAAACUGCCGAUCCAUCUGGUCUCGAUCCAGCGCCCCGGUGUGGACUUCAAGUUCCCCAGCGACAACGCCAUCAAGCGACUCGCCGCUGGCGUCGGCCUCAGUCCGAGCGCCCAGGCGCUCCUGAGGGCGGAGGGCAUCACCGCCGACGACCUGACGCUCCUGGGCAACGCCUUCCACCGCAUAGCCCUGCCGUUCUCCCCGCACAAGUCCGCCGCUGUCCGCGAGGCGGAGCUGCUGGACAUCAUGAAUCGCUGCGAGAUGAGCGGGACGAACGGCUCCAAGAUACCAUUCCGCCGCCCCGCCAGCAUGGGGCAUCUUGACUUCUCUUCGACGGGAUCACGGGCGAUCUCCUCCGUGCCCCUAUCGUCGUCGGGAUCACGGCUCACGGGAUCGAUGAUGCGCGGUUCUUCGUCGAUGUCGAUCGCUGAAGCAGGCUUCGUCGGGCAUGCUGAGAGUCCGAGGGUCGAGUUGUGAGCUCUGCGGUGCCAACGAGCCUUUCAGCAAUCGGAGCGGAGGGGGGGAGGGCUGGGCCACCGCUGCUUCGGGAGGGAUUGGGUGCUCCUUGCUCGAAGGCCAGAAAUGCACAUGCAUAUACCAUUUCAGAGGUACGCGCAGAAUUCUUGGGUUUGCACUCUUCCUCAUGUUGUCGAUGGGUGUCCAGCGCUCACCGAGGGAAUCCGCGCGGACUUCCGAACGCGGAUAGUUCAAGCGAGGUCGCUGGUGUGCAUGGCGCAGGCUGCUCAGUACAGGUGCGCGUUCUAUACGAAAUCCUUCUUCGAUAUGGGCCAUCUCCUCGACACGGUCGGGGCGUUUGGCGAGGCGUUAGUCACUCACGCUUGGGGAAAAUGGUGGUGUAACAGCGCCGUGGUCCAGAUGCGUCGAACUUUCCAAGCCCUCAACGCCCUCCCCAACCUCCCUUUUUGAUAAGCCUCCUCUCCAGAAACGCGUAGACAAGUAUUUGCAGGGCAUGUGUAAUAUUUCAGCUCGUUGUGAACUAGCCAAGCGUCUUAAGUAUUUCCAUCCUCUGCUCUCGGAUGCCCAGCUCGAUUUAACGAUCUCGCACGUGCUCUUUGUGAGCCAGUUUGUUCUGAGCUGCACCUCACUGGGCCUCCAUGCCGUCGCGGCCCACGCCAGCGAUCCGCCAUGUGAGCCACUGGAAGACAGACGGCUUCGGCAAGGCACGGCUUGCGUGGCGGCGAGUUGCUUCCUUGGACGGGAUUGUUCAUUCUUCUUUGAGUUUCGGUCGCCGUGGGCCCCCCUGGCGGCGCCAUCAGCGCCGCCCCUGGUGCGCUCCGCGCCAGGGAGGGGGGUCCAGCCCAGAUGCAAGUUUUUUCAUGUAUUUUGUUUACCCGCCAAGGACCCGCCGACCACCGAAAACUUCGGCCAGAUAGACUUCACGCUCAUCUCUGCAAUGCUGGCUUACAGGUGACGUCCACCUGCAGUCAGCCCAGUGAAUUAGAUGCAUUCCUUUUUGUUCGCGCACAUCCUUCCGUGCACACAUCACGCAAGGAUGUGGACAUUAGCUGUUGCCGUCCUAAAGGUGAUUACGAAAAUUUGGUGCACCAUCCUCUGUUCUCGGGGGCCC